AAUGAGUCAGCAAAUACACAAAGAAGCAGAAAAACUAUUUUCAUUUCGGCGAGAGCAAAUUUGAAAACAGGAGCCAGGCUGAUUAUUGCCAUUUACAUAUUCAAUAUACAUACCAAUCAAAAUAUUUUUUUGCUCAGUAAUAUAAAAAAUCGAGCAACGAAAUGAACCACGCCACUUCUUCGUCCUCCGUCGACAUCAUCCUCGGUGAUCUUGUCUUGGAGGACAUGGACCGCUUCUGCAUGAACGAGCUCUUCUCGGACGUGUCCUUCCUUGUGGGGGAUCAGAGCCUGCCGGCGCACUCCGUAAUUCUAGCCGCGCGGAGUGAGUACUUCUGUGCCAUGCUCUACGGAGGCAUGUCCGUGUUAAAUGAGCGCCAGAUUCGACUGGAAUCUGUGCCGCUGGAGGCAUUCAAGGUAAUCCUCCGCUAUCUGUAUUCGGGCAAGCUACACAUAUCCACACUGGACGCCAGCUGUGAAGUGCUCGGUUUGGCCAAUAUGUAUUGCUUGCUGGAAGUCGAGUCGGCCCUAGUUAAACAUCUGCUGGAGAAUAUGACCGUCAGCAACGUGUGGAUGAUCCUGGAUAUGGGUCACACACAUAAUCUUUCUCAGUUGGCAAACGGGUGCCUGAAAUAUAUCGACAACAAUGGAGACCAAAUGCUAGAGCACGACUCAUUCCAAAUGCUCUCGAAGCAAUCACUUGAGGAAGUCCUCCGACGGGACAGCUUCAAAGUCCGCGAAGUAAAAAUCUUUAAGGCGGUAUGCAAAUGGAAUCGGCACAAUCCGAACGAGGAUAUCAAGUCAGUGAUGUCGCUCGUGCGGCUUUCGCUUAUGUCUGCCGAUGAGUUAAUACAGGUGGUGCGUCCUUCAAAGAUCGCCGAGCCGGAAAAAAUAGCCGACGCCAUUGAAAAAGCGCUUCUGCCGAAGAAUCAGAAUUUGCCCUAUCGGUGCACCAAUUACCCGGACAAGGAUGUGAAAUUUUUAAAUACCUCAACGGAAGGGAUCUUUAUCGAUCUGAGUUGGUGGUGGUUGAUCAACUGCAUGUGUGUUCUACCUUCUAAGCCCUUCGAUACUUGGAACUGCGCCAUGGAGGUCUCUUGCGACAUGACCCACUGGGAUCGCGCUGGAACUGGCACAUUUCAAUUAGCCAUACAUUGCGAAUAUAUCACCUUCACAACGCGACCUGUUCGCUACAUUCGCAUGGUGGAUACUGAGAGUGGACGUACAGAUUUGAUCAAUUAUGUGUUGAUCCAAGUUAAGCUAAAAAAAAACUAAGCUCCAAAUAUGUAUUACAAAUAACACAAAAAAAGGCGAAACAAUUAAAAGAAGACUAUAGCUAUGAAAAAUAGAUUAAACUUAUAAUGGGACAAGAAAUACUUCUCAAAAAUG